AUGUCCGAGGUGAGAGUGGUUGCCUUGGAUGAGGGAAGAGACGGCCACUUUGUCAGUGCCCAACAACCGGUCGGCUUCACUCGGCGUCGCUCAGCUCAAAUCCACCGUCUUGACUCGCCGCAGUUUGGGCCAAUUCGCGCGAGAGGCGGCGCCGACGUCGACGUCGACGCCUCGGUCGUCCGGCGUCAUGAGCCGUUGCGAAGGAGCGAGAGAGAGAGACCCAAUGCCUCGCCGCCUCGGCCAUUCGGCCAGUCGGCGUUCGAUGGUCUGGCCUAUCGCAACGUCGCUUCUUCACUCGCUCCCUUCGAGACGUCUCACAACGUCGACGUUGCCGUGACCAACGUCUACGGCGUCAUUGUGGCAUGCGGCUCGGCGAUGACUGACUCGAACCGAGACGUUCAACUCGGCAAUGCUGUUGCCAACGCCGACUCACAAAGCCUCGAUCCGCCGAGGUCGUCGCUGAUUGGUCGGCGCAAGGUUGGCCUGGAGCGUCGACAUUCGACAGGCGGCGAGACGCGUGAGCCGAUGAGAAGGCCGGCCGGAUCGCUCGGCGACGAGGCCGACGAAAGCGACAAAGUCGCGCCCCAAAGGACCGCCACGAGAGUCGACGAGGCAACCGGAGAUGAAGUGAGACAAGAAACAGUGUCUAACGACGGCGACGGCGACGGCGACGGCGAGGGCGAUGAAAGUGAGGAGGGCUUGACGACGCCGCGAUUCGGUCAAAGUGGCUCCGAGGCGGAGGCGGAGGCGGAGGCGAGAGUUGAAGAGGUAAGACGACCGAUUUUAAUUUGCUUCCUCCGCGGUCUCGGUCGUCCGAGGCCGGCUGUUGAAAGCGUGUCUCUGCCUCGAUCCGAGAUCCGGAUGGCCUCGUGUCUCGGCUCACCUCGGAUUCGAACAAGCCUCAGACCAACUGUUGGCAGGUCUGCGAAACGAAGACUCCUUCGUACCUGUCGACGCGAUCAAGUUCGGCCACGAGCAGAAUGA